AUGGCGCGGCCGCAGAAGGCACUUGUGGUGGACGACCUGGCCGUGAAUCGCCUUAUCCUCAGCACAAUUCUUCAAAAGCUCGGGUUUGAGGUGCUGGAGGCAGAGAAUGGCCUUCAAUGCAUUGACGUGUACAACCAGGAGCGCACGCAAUUGGUUUGCGUGUUUCUUGACCUACAGAUGCCAAUAGCUGACGGAUGGGCUGCCACUAAGGGUAUCCGUGAGCUCGAGUCACGGACUCCGGACCUUAAACAGUUACCAGUGCCUGUUGUCGUCUGCACGUCUUCUUGCUUGGACGACAUUGUUGAUGAUGGACAGACUGUGGCGGAACGGGCAGUUUCGCUCGGAGCUAAUGGCGCUGUGGUACGUGUGUGA